AUGGAGGAAGUUAAAGUGAGGGCAGAAAUUAAUGAAAUAGAAAAGAAUAAUGAAAUGAGAGCUGAUUCUUUGGAAGGGACAGCCAAGGUCCUGAGAGGGCCCAUAAGACACUGUUACUUAUGGAAGCGACCAGUCAACCCCUAUGUAGACUAUGGAAAACUACAGUGGUUACCUAUAGUGGUGGGAGACUACAACUGCGUGGUUUUCCCACAUAAAGAUGAGCGCCAGCAGCAAGAUUUCAUUCUUAAUGUUUUAAGAUACAUCUUUUACUCUGAGAUUGGCAUUGGGAUCUCAGCUAAUAUCAUCCUUCUUCUCUUUCACACCCUCAUCUUCCUUCUCCAGUCCAGACCCAGACCUACUGACCUGGCCACUGGUCACCUGGCCUUUGUCCAAACCAUUAUGCUUCUCACUGGGGGUGUUAUAGCCACAAACAAGUUUUGGUCCCAGGAUGUUAUCAAUAACUUCAGUCUUAUGUCUACUUUGUAUAUGAACAGGAUGACCAGGCAACUGUCCAUUCUCACCACCUGCCAGCUGAGCAUCCUCCAGGCCAUCACCCUCAGCCCCAGAAGCUCUUGUCUGGCUAAAUUCAAACCCCAAUCCUCACAACGUGUCCUGUAUUCUUUCUGCUUCCUCUGGGCUUUCAGUAUGUUCCCUAGUCCUCGAAUACUCUCAGUUGUGUCUUCCUUUAACCACACCACAGCUGCUACUGGGGUUGUCGAUGACACUUGCUCACUUCCACCCCUGAGCUAUUUCAUUCAACACCUAUUUGCCUCACUCAAGACCUUGUUGGAUGCCGUCCUUGUUGUCCUCAUGGGCCUGGCUAGUGGGUACAUGGCGACUCUCCUAUGCAGGCACAGGAAGCAGACUCAGCAUCUUCACAGCACCAGCCUUUCCCCCAGAGCAUCUCCAGAAGUCAGUGCCACCCAGACCAUCCUGCUGCUCAUGGCUUUAUUUGUGGGCGUGUACUGUUUGGAUUCUGUUUUGUCCUCCUUCUCCUUAGGAAUGCUGUGGAGCAAUGGUUCAGUUAUUUUAAGUUUCCAGAAGCUUGUGAGCUAUGGCUAUGCCUCCUUCAGCCCUUUGAUGUUAAUCUAUACUGAGAAACGAAUAAUUGUUUUCCUAAAAUCCUGUUGGGGAAAGUGCUGUAAAUGCACCAUCAUCCAGUAA